AUGGCAGAACUUAUGGCCAGACGGCUUAGAAUGCUGGGAGCUUUCCGUGACGAUACCCAUACGUUCCUGGUCACAGAGUUUGUCUCAGAUGGUGAGCUCUUCAACCAUGUGGCGAAUGGCCGUAUGGGUGCUGAUGAAGGAGUGGUGAGAGGUCUUAUGUGGCAGCUGUUGCAGGGGACCAGGUUUCUCCACGCACAUGACAUAGGUCACAGGGACAUCUCCUUAGAGAAUGUCCUCAUAUCGUUUGACAGGGACCGGCACCACCUUCGACUGAUGGAUUUCGGCCAAGCAGUGAGAACCCGCUCAAGCUGCGGGCAGGUGUAUCUCAGGUACUUCCGACCGGCCGGCAAGCCGUAUUAUAGGGGCCCAGAGUGCUAUGUUCCCGGCGACAGACCCCAGGUACUUGUUUGCUGUCCUCCACAUGCUCAUGGACUGGAUGUUGUUUUCGUCGACAACCUCAAUCGGAAUGGGACACCAAAUGGCUACCGAAAUGAGGUGAGGCUGCCACCGCACGCAACCCCUGGGCAGACCUGCCUCGCUGAAUUUUGGGGCUACGAGGUACCACCGCUGGAUGUUUUUGCCCUCGGCGUUUGCUUUUUCAUCCUUGCUUGGCGAGUGCCACCUUGGGGUCGAGCCCUACCACUCGACGCCAAUUUCACAUAUAUUCAGCAGCAUGGAAUUCCCCCACUUCUGAACGCCUGGCAGAAGAGACACCUCUCGCCAGAGGCGAUGAACCUUCUUACGGAGAUGGUUUCUGCAGACCCGCGCCGGAGGCCGUCAGUGCAGGCUUGUCUAGAAUCUGCGUGGUUAGUCCCACUGAAAGACGAUCCAGUCCAGCCCUUACAGUGCCGUCGGAGCGACGCUUGCAGCAGCUCAGCGCAUGAUCAGCUGGUGCACUGGUGCUCUCUCCUGCAGCUUUCGCGCACGGUUGUGCCGGCGUGGCAGUUGUGGAGUGGGAAACCACAUGAAACAUCCACUGCCACUAAGAAACCCAUGAGUCCCCGAGAGCUCGAGGUGCCCACGCAACCUGCAGCGGCCAUGGAGCCCGGAGGCCGCGAGAGCAAUCGUCUUGAUUAUGGAUGCAUUGAAUGCAACAUAAAGUUCAGCCAAGAUGCUUCAUCAACUGUCCCUGCGGACGACAUUGACAUGGAGAGCGAAAUGGCUCGAAUGAACUUGGGCGCAUCCUGCCUUGAAGCAGAAGUACAUCGGGCAGAAGAGGAUGUGAGCAGUUGGUAG